AUGUAUGGGCCUGUUGGUAAGUUAUGUUCACUAGGAUACCAUAAAAAUAAGCUGUCACAUAAGAUUUCAUUAAUUUACUAAUCUUAUGUAUUCGUUUUGGUAUGCAGAGGGGGAAAAACACGAUGCAAGCAUGUUGAUAGAUGUCAAUCUUCUCCAGGAAUUGGAAAGGAAUGCAUUUUCCCCAACAGGUCAGCCCAUGAGUAUUUAUGGUGAUCCUGUCUAUCCCCUGCGAAUACACCUACAGGCACCAUUUCGCCAUGGGGUCCUAACACCGAUGAUCGUACAAUACAAUUUUGACAUGAGUUCUGUUAGAGUAACCGUUGAGUGGCUCUUUGGGGAUAUCAUCAACGACUUCAAGUUUUUGGAUUUUAAGAAAAACCUUAAAAUUGGAAUGAGUAGUGUAGGAAAAAUGUAUCUUGUGUGUGCGCUUAUUAAUAAUGCUAUUACCUGCCUAUAUGGAAAGAAAACCUCAUUGUUUUUUGGUAUAGACCCUCCUUCAUUGCAGUAUUAUUUUAGAUGA